AGAAAAAUACUAUUUGUGUAAACCAAUGAGAAUGCUCCAAUUCCAUGCAGAUUUAGGAAAGUUUGGCAGGUGGAUGGAUAUCUCCAUCUCCAUCUCCAUCUCCAUUUCCAUUCAUAAUAAGAGUGGAGAUUUAGAUUCACACUCACACAGCUUACAUUCUCAGUUUCACACACACUUUCGCCGAUCGCCAGCUCUGAACUCGUCACCGUCUCUUCUCUGAACUCGUCUCCGUCUCCGUCUCGAGACACAAGUCAUGGCUACAUUACUACUGCCACUUACUAUCCUAUCUUUGGUUGCGGCAGGAAUCGUAGCAGGCCACAACGUCACCAUCUCUCUAUUGGACUCCGCUAUUGCCAAAGGAGCUGUCUGUCUAGACGGCAUCCCUCCGGCCUAUGCUUAUAGCCCAGGGUUCGGAGACAGAUACGACAACUGGCACGUAUUCCUAGAGGGUGGUGGGUGGUGCCAGAAUGUAGAUGCCUGCCUCGAUAGAGCCAGAAGUUCCAAUGGAAGUAGUGCUAAGCUUAUGUCGACGCAGAAUGGUAUCGUAUCCUUUGGAGGGAUGCUCGACGCCAAUUCCACCUUUAAUCCUGAUUUCUACAAUUGGCACGUGGUCAAAAUCUUCUACUGUGACGGCUCAUCUUUCAUGUCCGAUGUUGAGGAUGUAGACCCGAAAUACAACCUGACUUACAGAGGUGCGAGAAUAUAUGAUGCCAUGAUGGAUGAGCUUCUACGAAUCGGAAUGGGAAAUGCUAAAAAUGCUUUAUUGUCAGGCACUUCUGCAGGUGGAUUAGCCACUACUUUACAUUGUGAUAAGUUCCAAUCGUUGUUUCACAACACAACUAGGGUGAAGUGCGUGUCUGAUUCAGGCUUUUUUGUUCAUGGAGAGCAUUUUAUGGGAGCUGAUUGGAGAGAAGCUUUCUUCUUUAGUGUGAUAUCAACACAUGGUUUGGCAAAUAUGUUACCCACAUCACGCACAUCCAAAUUUAGCUCAACUCUGUGUUUAUUUCCUGAAAAUUUGGUCCCAGAUAUCCAAACCCCAUUAUUUUUAAUCGAAUCAGCAUUUGACUCAUAUCAGAUAUCACAAAAUGUGUUCUCUCCGAGUGAUACUAGCCCGAGAUGGAUCAGUUGCAUCCGUAACUUGAUGUUUUGCAAUUGGACUGACAUAAAAAUCAUGAAAGAUUUUAGGUACACAUUCAUAAAUACGCUGAAAAGUACAAUUGAGAAUAGCUCAUCAAGAAGAGGCUAUUUUGUACAUAGUUGCUACCAACAUGGCCAUAUGGAAUACAAACGCGAUUCGACAUGCUCAUCGUUGGUUGGAAACGGACUUGCUAACAAAACGAUAGCACAAGCUGUGGGAGAUUGGUUUUUCGACCGGAGCGAGUUCCAGGAGAUGGACAUGCCCAAUGACUUGCCACGGAACUGCACUAGCUUCGACGACCAACCUACUUUGGAGAAAAAGUGUAGGGAUUAUAUUCAUCAUUAGAUGCCAUGAAUUGAUAGUUUGUGAAUUUGAAUUUCUAUUUUCAAUUAUGAAUGAAGGGUUAAAGUUUUCAGUUAAA